AUGCCGGAGGAGAGGAGCACCAUUGGUACGCGUUCCAACAAACACCGAGCUGAUGGAAGUCUGGACGUAGGGCGUAUUGGACAUAGCGAGCACGAUGCGGGGAAUCUGGACAAUCAUCGCCCUGGUCUUUGGAGCAUUCAUGAUACUGGCCCCCACGAUUUCCUGCGACGCCGCAGCUCUGGAGUUGGAUCCUCUGCACUCAAGUGGAAGCGUAUUGAUUCGCAGCAAAAGGUUGAAGGCACUCGAUCAAAAGCAUCUUGGAAGUCGCGUCCGCCGUCAUGGAAUGAUGACGACGAGCCAACUUGGUGGUUCGCCAGUACGGCAAUUCCACUAUUAGCAGCAACUCUCGGACCACUCGCAAAUGUACUCUCCAUCGCAGCACUGGUGACGUACUGGAGAAUGUGCCUAGUCAAAGGCGUGGACGAGAAUGACGCCUCUGAAUGCGCAUGGGACAGACUUAGCGCCUCACUCGUGCCUGAGCUCAAUGGCCAAGAAUUUGCAGAUCCAAGAUGGUGCUACAACCUCAACAUUGUGUCCCUAGUUUUCGGCUUCGUGGGCAACUUUUUCCUGCUCUGCAACUUCACCAACCGCAUAAGAUAUGUCAUUGCACUACCUGGCACCAUAAUCUGUUGGUUUGCCGCUACUGGUAUACUGAUCGGUAUUACAGCUAGCAUGCAGAUCUACGCGCCUCCCACCCGACCGCAGCAGACGUAUACGCAAGGCUUUUGGUAUGCAAUUCUUGCGGCAGUUUCGUACCUCAUCUGUGCAGCGGGGCUUAUGGUAAACAUGCUAGGAUUCUGGCUUGGGCAUUAUCCCCACCGCUUCACUUUGACCGACAGUCAGAGAACCUUGAUCCUGCAAACCAUGAUGUUUUUCGUAUGGCUGGCUGCCGGAGGCGCGAUCUUCUCCGCGGUGGAGUAUGGCCCUGGCACUGAGACUGACGACGAAUCAGACGGCACUACCUCUGCGAAAUGGAGCUUCGUGAAUGCGCUGUAUUUCUCGGAUGUGACGAUCCUCACUGUCGGAUUUGGUGAUUUCUAUCCUCAGAGUAACGUGGGUAGGGGUCUGGUCUUUCCUUAUUCCGUCGGCGGGAUCGUGGUUCUUGGCCUCAUGAUCUCGAGUAUCACUGCCUUCGUCCGCGAACUGGGAACAGAGAAUGUGGUCAAAGGUCACAAAGAGAGGACACGAGCGAGGACUAUUGACCGAACUGCAAAGUCAUCAUUAGAGUUGGAACGUAUGCGUACGGCAGAUAAUGAUCGCCAGACGGCAGUUUCCACGGUCUUCGAUGCUGGAAACUCAUCACUACCACGUAGUCCCCGUUCUGAUGAUGGUAGCCAUGGAGCAGCGUCUGGCGACUACCGCCGACUCAGAAGCAAGACCGCUGCCAGAAGAGCCACCACCUGGGCACCGCAUCGUCGGGUCUUCUCGUCCCGACCGACCAGACUCGUGCUUCUCAGGGCGGAGAAGGAUCGAUUCGAGGCAAUGCGUCGCAUACAGAGAUCAACUUCUCGCUUCAAAAAAUGGUACGGACUUCUGAUGUCGGUGCUGGCUUUUGGAUUUCUCUGGUGUAUUGGUGCCGUCGUAUUCUGGCAAGCUGAGAAGAGCACCGCAAACGAGAUGACGUAUUUUAAGGCGCUCUACUUUGGCUACGUAUCGCUCUUAACGAUAGGGUAUGGCGAUCUUGCGCCGAAAAGCAACGCAGGACGGCCUUUCUUCGUCUUUUGGAGCUUGAUUGCUGUCGCAACCAUGACGAUUCUUGUGGGCGAUCUCUCCGACACGAUUGUUCGGCAAUUCAAACAGGGUACAUCCGGUAUCGCAGACUUCACUGUGCUGCCACAGAAGGGAAUCUGGCGUCAAUUGCUCAACAGACAGCCUCGAGUAAUUGCGUUCAUGCAGGCUAGGAAAGAAAGAAAGCAGCUAGAAGAGGGGAAGGAGGAAGGAUUACCGUAUGGACCUGAGCCAGAUGAUGAGGUCUCUCAACCUACCAUUGAUGAGCUCGCAUCCGAAGACACAACUAGGGCUGAGCUUGCUCAUAGACUUGCGAGAUCGAUCAAGCAAGUGUCUCAAGAUGUCAAGAAUGGAAGGGGGAAGAAGUAUACCUACGAAGAAUGGGUCGAAUUCACUCGCCUCAUCCGUUUUACCGCCGAUAAAGAGGACAAUGAGCUGGCAGAGGACGAGGACCUUGUUGAGUGGGACUGGCUUGGAGAAAGAAGCCCCAUGAUGGCCAACAAGAGCGAGGCCGAGUUUGUGCUGGAACGCCUUUCUGAGAGUGUCGGCAGAUACGUGCGAAGGGUCGAGAAGGCUCUUGCAAGCAACGAGGAGCAACAAAAAGACCGUGUUUCAGUCUCUGAUUCUUCGCGAGACACGAAUCAAGACUCUUUGUCGCAUCCGAACGAGGCUACGAAUAUUGUUUGA